CCAAGACCUUCCCGCCCAGAGCCAGAGGCGGAGAAAGAGGAGAUCCGUCGAUCGGCGACGGAGAUGGUCAAGUUUCUGAAGGCUAACAAAGCGGUGAUCGUCCUCCAGGGGCGGUUCGCCGGGCGGAAGGCGGUGAUCGUGCGGGCCUUCGACGAGGGCACCCGCGACCGCCCCUACGGGCACUGCCUCGUCGCCGGCGUCGCCAAGUACCCCAAGAAGGUCAUCCGCAAGGACUCGGCCAAGAAGACCGCCAAGAAGUCCCGCGUCAAGGCCUUCUUGAAGCUGGUCAACUACAGCCAUCUCAUGCCCACCCGCUACACCCUCGACGUCGACCUCAAGGACGUCGUCACCCUCGACGCCCUCCAGACCCGGGACCGCAAGGUGGCCGCCUGCAAGGAGACCAAGGCCCGCUUCGAGGAGCGCUUCAAGACCGGCAAGAACCGGUGGUUCUUCUCCAAGCUCCGGUUCUAGAUCACCAGCGGCUAGGGUCCAUAAUUUUUUUCUUAUGAAUUUUGUCUUUUCAAAAAGUUUGUUUUUUGAUGGGUUUGGAUCCAUCGUCCUCAUUGGUCUAGUAUUAAUCUGCCUUAUUUUCUUUUCCAAUUUUGGUAGAUUGUCAUUUUUGGAAUUUUAAUUGCUGUUUUGUUGGA